GGUUAACCCCACUCGCCACUAGAGUCCGAGUUCGUAUUUAUUUAUCUGAUUUCUUAUGUUUUGUAUUAUAGAAACGGUACACUGCCACAUUGGCAUCAGUCAAUCAGUGCGUCACGACGGUAGCGUUGCAAUUUGUCUUUCUAUACCGCGUCGGACGUCCAGCUGACUGCCGAGUAAUCCACUCCAUAAUUAUGGGCGCAGACGAGCAACCGCCCGACGACAGACGCCAACCGAAUUCGAUUCUAUUUCGGCUUGUAUAGCGUGGCAAUGCGGCUUUCGGUGGAUCGGUUCGAAUCCCGUGGUUUCGCUAUUUGCAUUCUCGCAUCGUACAAUGUUAUCAAGCUUAUAAUGUGAUUACUAUAAAACGCGCGAGAUAAAUAUAAUUACCUAAUCUAUGAUAUAAAUAGACCUUUUUAUCGAAAUUCGAACACAUCAUUAUUCAUUAGUCUGUACAUGACAAAAUAAACUUUAAACAAAAGUAAAUUUUGUCAUGGCAUGAGUCUAUUGACUAUAGUCAAAAUCGCGGUCCACGGAUUACUAUCACCUACACCAUGACAAUGCCUUUUUUAUUUUGAUAAUUUUAUUAUUCCUGUUAAUUAAUAAUUUCUUAAUCGUGGUGAAAUAAGAUGAACUUUUGAAAAAUUACAAUACGAGCUUAACAACGAAAAUAAUAACAACUUAGAAUCAUUGUAUUGCAACAGGAUUUUAAUUCGUGACGAGCGAUGAACUUCGACGCACGUUGAUUGCAAGAUUUCUGUGAUCUGUAUUUUGUUGCAGUUGUGCAGUACCCAUCCACUCUAGCGACUAUAAAUAUGGCGCAGUAAAAUUAAUUUCAAUUAUAAUUCAUUAGAUGAAUUAAAUAAACAAUUUUUCCUGACCGUUUAUUUGUAUUGUGGACGAUGAAGAUCUGUUUUACUUAGUCUGUGAAUUGUGCAUUUGUGCCUUGGAACACUGAUAGUUCUUCCUGUGUCUGGUAAUAUUAUAAUAAUUUACAAUGGCUAAAACAAUUGAUGAUCUUGAGGUAUUGAUUAAAUUGCCUCCACUAUUGUUAAAAGCGUUCUCUAUCAAUAUUAACCAAGCCAAAUGUAUGAAAUGUAAUCUUUCAUGUGCAUCAGUAGAUGAUGAUAUUCUUUUCCAUUUGUCAGUAUGUAAUGGGAUCCUUAUUGAUGAAAAUAUCCAACCAGUAUUUAAAUUCCAUUGUUUGAAGUGUUAUUUUAUAACUGAUAGUAUUGAUCAAUGGAAAUGUCAUUUAUUCAAACUCGGUCAUAUUUCCAUUAAUUUUGAUUCAGAUAUAAAAAAGUAUUAUUCACACGAUUGUAAUUCAUGUAAAACUCAUUUUUACGGAUCUAAAAUUAGUAUACUACAACAUCAAUGCAGACCUAAAUUUAUUUCAUUAUUGUCAGAAGUAAUGGCCUAUGUGUAUGCAGAGAACACUGUUAAGGAUAAACAGACCAUGCUCCAUUAUUGUACAGAUUGCUUUUGUUACACUUAUGACUUAACAAUAACUGAUAUUCACAUUAAAAAGCAUAGUGAAGCUGCCUAUAAAUAUGUUUGCAAUUCGUGUAUGAUAACAUUUUAUGGUUCUAAGAAAGAAGAGUUUUUAAACCAUAAACAUUCAUUUGAACAUAUAGUUCUAUGGUUUUUAAAUGGAGCUCGAACUGUACCAAAACUGUCAAAUACUGCGAUUCAAAAAUUGCCUUACUACAUAACAAAAUAUUUUAUAAUUAGUUCACUAUUAGAACAAUUUUGUUGUAUUGUCUGCAAUAAAAAAAACAUAUUGACAUAUGAAUGUAUUUAUGAUCAUUUUCAUAAAUGUAUUUCAUCCAAAGAAAUUUCUUGUAUUAACAGCUGCAUUCCAUUGCUCGCAGCAAACUGUAAUGCAUGUGGUUAUUUAUGUUCCGCGGAAGAUGAAAAUGUAUACGAAUGUUGGUUAGACCAUGUAAUAAGUUUUGAUCAUUUGAGUAAAACAGUGGUUGGAAAAAAAAACAAACAAAAAUUGUUUUCAUAUUACUGUUAUGUAAGUGAUACUGUAUUUUAUGGAACUGAUUCUUUUAUUAAGGACUUAAUAUUUAAAACAAACGAUGAUGUUGGACGUCUAUUAUUUAUAUCAGAUUUAAUGGCUAAAGUGUAUAAACGUGUCACUAAUGCACAUUUCAGCUGUAAUAUUUUAUUUUGUUGUGGAAUUUGUCAAAAUUAUACAGACAAACAGUUAUUUGGUUGUGUACAUCAAAAUAAUGAUUUAACACAAUCACUUUAUUGUUCUGCUUGUUUAGUAAAAUUUAAUGUCCAUUCUGACUACAAUGAACAUCUUGUUACUAGUGAGCAUAUUAUUUUGAAAUAUUUUAAAUCUAAUCAAUUAGGCGAGCUUAAAAUUCUUGAUCGUUCCAUGGAAACAAUGAAGAUUUAUUUAACUAAUUUAACAAAUAGUGACGAUGACGAUUGUAAUGAUGAUGGGGAUAAUGAUAAAAAUGGUAGCUCUGAUGAUGUCCAUGACAAUGACAACUACAAUAAUGACUCUGAUAAUGACAACUCUCAUGAAACCAAAGAUGAGGAUAAUAAUGAAAUGAUUACUUCCGUACAAAACUUAAAAACAUAUGAUCUAGAAGAAAACAUUAUUUCAAAUUUAAUAGCAAAACUAUCUGUACAACCAAACAAAUCCGCUUUUAAUAAUUACUUAAGAAUGAACUUUGAAUUAAUAAACCAAAUGCCACAAGCAACUAAUGUUUUUGUUGAAUCAGUGUCAUUUAUCUGUGACAUUUGUAAUUUGGUUAUUGGUAAUCGUGAUGAUUGGAUUAAACACGACGGAGAGUUUCAUAUAAAAGAUAAUGAUUUUUCAAUUUUAUACUGUGAUAUUUGUCGUGUUUACAAUGUGAAUACUUCUUCUAUUAAUAUUGACCAUCAUUUAGUGACUAACGAACAUAUAAUAAUGAAAGAAUUUCAUGAAUACCUGAAAAAAAAUUUGAUAAAGCCUUCAAUAAAUAAUAUCAAUAAUUGUAAUAAUAACUCAAAUCACAUCGAUAAAGACAAUGGUUCUAAUGUAGAAAUUGAAAAAAUCCAAAAUCCAAAAGUACAUAAAAUAAACAAAACCAUUCAUAUAGAAUUUAAGGAUGUCAAUACUGAUUUAAAAAAAAAUAAUUAUUGUUUACUAAAUAAAAUAAUUCAAGAAAAAUAUGGCAAAUUCAAACAGAUCAAGAAUGUAGACAAUUCAUUUAUAAUUCUUUUCAAAAAUAUAAACCAGGUUAAAUGUUUAGUUGAGGAUAAAAAAAAAUUAAUAGAACAGUAUGGCUUUUCAAUACAUGUAAUAGGAGAACAUAAAGAAAAAGUAUUAUCACUGAAGACAAUAGAUUUAUUUGAAGAUUGGGGAUUGUUAUGUGAUAUAAUUUUCAGUGAUUUAGAAGUUAUGAAUAGGACAUUAACCAGUUCAAAAAUACAAUCAUGUGUUCAAAAAUUGUGUGACUCAAUAUAUAGCCUUCAAAUUGGAGCAGAUUCAAAUAAGGUUCACAUUUUUGGUUCUCGAGUUUAUGGACUAGCUACAAAUGCAACUGAUAUAGAUUUAUACUUGGAAACAGAUGACACAUUUGACGGGGAAAUAUCAAAUGAUUUUGACAUUCAAGUGGAAUUGGUUAAAACAUUUACUGAACGCUGUCUAUUGAAACCAAAAGUCUUUCAGAACGUUGAAGAAAUCUGCAAUGCUCGUGUACCCAUUGUUAAAUUUUAUCACAUACCAUCAAAACUCAAUUGCGAUGUAUCUUUUAAAAGCGGUCUGAGUGUGUACAACACAAAACUAAUCAAAUUGUAUUUGUCGCUUAGCACUACUGUGAAGUGGCUGGUCUGUGUCAUUGUGAAGCAUUGGGCUCUCCAAAACGGUUUGAAAGACAGACAUUUGUUCACUAGCUAUGCCUUGAUAUGGCUGGUAUUAUUUUACUUGAUGACUGAAAAAGUUGUUCCGUCGGUGAUGGAACUCAGGCAAAAAGCUUCUAAAGACGAUCAUAAAGUUAUUGAAGGGUGGGACUGUACGUUUGGAAAAUGGUCUGGCAAUAUCAGUGACGAUAAACGUGCUAAACUGUUAUUGGGUUUUUUCCAAUUCUACGCCAAUAAGAGAAGACUAAAGGAUAAUGUAUUGUCUACUUGCACUGGUCGAUGUAUGAAAAAGCAUAAAUUUUAUGAACAUUUUACCCAAUUAUCUGGAAUAAGUAAAAUACAGAGAACCAAGUUUAAAACCUUUCAAUCCAAAGUUGAUUCGAGUUUUGAAAAAUGUUACGGACUUGUUCUACAAGAUCCAUUUGAACUGUCAUUCAACUUAACUAAAAACAUAUAUAAACAAGUGUUGACAGACUUUUGUGAAUUGUGUAAUCAAAGUUCGACCCUUUUAAUUAAUAUGAAGGGUUACAAUAUGUUUUUUAAUGCCUAAUAUUGUUUAAAAUUGUAUUUUUAUUAUGCUCAAAACAUUUUCUAGACUUUCUCAAGUCACUUAUGCAUUGUAUAAUGAUGUGAACA